AUGUUCAACCAGACCCAGCAGGCCCAACCGCAGCAACAACAACAACAACAACAACCGCAGAACAAUCUGAACGCCAGUCAACUCGGACGGGCCAGUUUAAUAUGGGAGCCUGGGCGGGAGUCCUCACAAAACCAGAAGCCUGUCCUCCAGCAGGUCGAGAGCUUGUACAACAAAUGGAACCCUGACCACCCCAGCACGACUUUCAAGCACUACUUCUACAACAAGGUCGACCAGUCCAGAAUACCAUUCUACCAGCCCUCUGCGAACGAGGACCCUCGAGAGUGGGAGCAAGCUGUGCACGACAAGCCGGAGCCCGGCUUUAUGCCGGCCCUGGCGACCGGUUUCGCCGCCGUCGCCGAGCGCCUGAAGAUGCAAAAGAACAUACUUGCCCAGUUCAACCAGGCCCUGCACCAGAUCAACGCGACUCUCGACGCCAUCCUGUCGCAACACGACCUGCAGACAAGUGUGCGCGCCCUCAACGCGCGCCGGAAGCACGCGAUACUCCGGCAGAGGUGUCUUGCGCUCGCCAGCAAAGUGCAGGUGCUGCGGAAUCGCGGCUACGCGCUCGACAAGGAGGAAGACGAGCUCAAGACCAAGUUUGACACGCUGGAGCGUGGCAUCUCGGACCCUGCGCUGAGCGCGCGGACGGAAGAGCUGUGGUCGCGCCUGAUCAUGCUGAGAGUCUAUGCGGAUAGUCUCAGCAACGAGUUGAGCAGACGGGGGCCUGAGACGCAAGAAGGGUUAGGAGAGGAAGCGGAGGCCAAGGCAAAGAAGAUUCUUGAGGACUACGACAAGCAGCUUCAGACGCUCAAGUCGCAGGUUGAGACGAUCAAGAAGGAUUACGAAGAGUGGGAGAAGGAGAGGAACCCCACAGGCGAGGAGAAGGACUAG